GAACGAUUAAAAGGCCAUGCUUGAGAAAGCCAAAAAAUUGCAACAAGAAACCAGAGACGUGUUCACUGCUGUAGAAGCAAAGCAUGAUGGCAGUGCAGCAGAAUGGAUUUUACUCUGGAAAGAGUUAUCAAGAAGUGGAAGACAAGUUUCUGUCAGUUUAACACCAGAUGAAAGAUACUGUUGGCUCUCCAAGCAGAUUGCUACACAGAGGAUAAUGUUAGCUGAUUCCAAUGUUGAGGAUGAAAAGGUACUUUUUAAAGACCAUUUUCAAAAAACAGAAAAUGAAAUGAAGAAAGUAGGCAAGCAGAUAAAUGUACAAAGUUUGGAUGACCAGAAAGAAGAGCUAGCCGAAUCAGCGAAAAACAAACUAAAGCAAGGACAUCUCAAAAAACUACAAAUGUUUGCUAAUGAAAGACAAUACAUUCUGUCUUUACUGAAGAAAUACUUUGAUAAGAAAAUUUUGUUUAUCUUUCUUAUAUUUAUAACUGAAUACUCUUGA